UAGCUGUUCCGUUCCGUUCCAUCUUGUGAAAGGCGGCAGGCGGCAGGCAGCAGCAGCGGCGGCGGCGGCGGCGGCGGCAGCAGCAGCGGCAGCAGCAGCAGCAGCAGCAGCACGGCGUGGUGUUGACCGCGGGCCCGCAGACACAUCCGCAGCUGCCUUCUCUGCAGUCUUGUCUUCUACGAGGCGACAUCGAAAGCUAAAAAAAAAAAAAUUAAAAAGAAAAAAAAACAGGCGGUCUUCCUGCAGACCAAGCAGGACCAGUCGCUCGGCUGCUUGUCACCGCCGGAGAAGGGAGUCUGCAACGUUAUCCACUCAGAUCUCGCGAGAUCUGCGGCGUGGGUUGCAGCAGUAGCAGACGGAGGGAGAAGGCAGGCUGCAUCAUGGCGGACAGAGACAGUGGUAGUGAGCAGGGAGGAGCAGCGACGGGCCCAGGCAUCGGCUCCAUGCACCUAGCGACAGGAGGGGCGGGCUCGGCUUCCGGGCUCCAGCAUGAGACACAAGAGCUGGCGUCGAAGCGGGUUGACAUACAGAACAAACGGUUCUACUUGGACGUUAAGCAAAAUGCAAAAGGCCGCUUCUUGAAGAUAGCAGAAGUCGGGGCCGGGGGAAACAAGAGCCGCCUCACUCUCUCCAUGUCGGUGGCGGUCGAGUUCCGCGACUACUUGGGGGACUUCAUCGAACAUUAUGCCCAGUUAGGGCCGAGCAACCCCGACCUGGUUCAAGACGAGCCCCGGCGGGCGCUGAAAAGCGAGUUCUUGGUCAGGGAAAAUCGGAAAUACUACAUGGAUCUGAAAGAGAACCAGAGGGGACGGUUUCUGAGGAUCCGACAGACCGUUAACCGGGGGCCCGGUUUGGGAUCCACACAAGGCCAGACGAUCGCUUUGCCGGCCCAGGGACUUAUUGAGUUUCGCGACGCUUUGGCCAAACUUAUUGACGAUUACGGCGUAGAGGACGAACCUGCGGAGUUGCCCGAGGGCUCAUCCUUGACUGUAGACAACAAGCGCUUUUUCUUCGACGUCGGAUCCAAUAAGUACGGAGUGUUCAUGAGGGUAAGCGAGGUGAAGCCGACGUACCGCAACUCGAUCACGGUGCCCUACAAAGUGUGGUCCAAAUUUGGGAAUACUUUCUGUAAAUACGCCGAGGAGAUGAAGAAGAUCCAGGAGAAACAGCGAGAGAAGAGAGCAUGCGAGCUGCAGCAGCAAGAGGAGAUGCAGGCAGACGAAGGGGACGAGGAUUGAUAUAUUGAGCGUAAAAAAAAACAUGCAAAAGUAAUCAAAAUAACAAAAGAGAAUAUAAUUAAAACUCUACUGUAUAAAGAAAGAAAGAAAAUUAAAGAUUUAACUGUAAUGGUUUAACUCCAAGGGAGCAUCACCCACAGUAUAAAGAAACCUCCACAAACUUGACAGUUUUGACAUGUUGUCACCCAUCGCUGGAUGUUACCCCACUUAUCCACCAUUAAUACAGUAACAGGCUGCUAAACAAAGUAAUAACAUUAUAUUUGAACAUUGUUUCCUACUUGACAACAAACGACAUUGAACUGAGUGUUUAUUUCCCUUAUUAACAGAACUUUUGUACAAGUCAAAGCUAUUAUAAAAAAAAAGUGUUUGCAAUGUUCAAAUGGAUUUAUUGCGGCGUUCUGAGAGGAGAGAGAGAAAAAAAAGUCCUUUUCAUGUGAGCUAAUGACUUCAGCACAAAUCAGAUAUUUUAAUUUUUAAACCAAAAUUGAAAAAAACUUUGUAAAACGUUCUCACAGUGUACUUGCCAUCCUAUUUACCUUUACCUGUGAGUAGACAUGUGUUUACACAUAAAUCAUAUGAGGGCUAGGCCUGAUUUGGAAACUGGUUUAGAUGUCAUGCAGUAUAAAAAGGAACAUAUAGGCAUUUUCAUGAAAUGAAAUAAGUGCUCUAUCUGUCGUGCAAUAUGCAUCGCAUAAAAAUCAAAUAUAUUGAACUGGUCAAUGGAUCUUGAUGUGAUGACAUUUGCCAGAGGCAUUCAAAGAAAUAUUAAUAGUGUAACUUUUGUUUCAAAUGAAAUUGUUGCCAUGCAGGUGGAUAUAUUAUAGAAUACCCUUGUGUCUCGUUGUUAUGAAAUGUGUUUGUUUUAAAGGUACUUAACAUGUAUUCAAUAGAGGAAGUGCAGUGGCAACAUGUAGCAAAUGGCCUAAAAUAUGUAUUUGUGACAUGGAGCACUUAAGAUGAAUAUCCAACAUUUCCUUUGUUGAUUGGUGUACUGAUCUGAAAAUCCCAAUAGGACUAAGCAUAGCAUUAUUGGUUACAACUUUUGGAAGAGAAAACUUACGUUUUUGUGGAGGUUAUAAAAGUCCAAAUGGUGCCAAUGGGUGCUAUUGCUGCAUGUUUACCUGCACAAAGCUAGAUUGGUGUUGGUCUCCCAAAAUAUUGGCUCAAGGAUCCUUCCAUGACAGUUUGUAUCUGCCUAUAUUCCACUGAGCUCACCUUUGAGUACCUAGUGAUUUCCAUCUGAAGGCAUAGUGUAGCUGUGAUGGAAGCGGUUUGAAAGCAUGAUUGUACAAAUAGUGACCUUGCCUGAGACCCAUAAUCAUAAUAUCACCAUCACGCUGAGGACGGCCACAGAGCAUUGGUCAAUACACAGGGUUAAAGCCUGCCAAUAGGAGACCUGGGUUUACUUCCCUAGUUGAUAAAACUCUGGUUUAGUGAAAAAAGAGGCCAUCCCAGUGAGGAAAACGUAAUGAAGGGGUGAGGUUUUGUGGGGUGAUUUUGGACUCAUACUCUCCCAAUAUGUAGCCCUACCUUAGACCUGUAAGUCCAAAUGUCAGCCUCGGAUGAUGAGAAUCCCUUCUGGUCCAAUUGUCGAUAUAUGGGCUGCUACAUGGAAGAAAACUGGUUCCAACCCAGUUCAGUCGCAUCUCAUAGAUGUGUAAAAGCAGUUUUAUAAACUCUGCCAGCUAGCUAGAGAAAAACUGGCAACAAUCAGAUAAUGUCAGAUUUACCUCAGCAUUCAAUUAAAUGAUUGCUCCCAUGUUUAGAUUGACUGGAAACCAGCAGACUAGACUGUCCUUGACCACCUAUUUUUGGAGCCUCUGGUAUAGUUUAAAUGACACCUGAUUGGGAGCGUCCUCUUCAGCAUACAAACAACCUGGUGCCUUACACACUCCGCAUGCUUACACGCUGGCCUGGUGCUUUGGAUCGCAGUUUGGGUUCUUGUUGUUAUUGCUUUUGUAAAAAAACAAAAACAAAAUUUUCAUUUGUCUCAGCCCCCUAGUGUGCUAGCGCACAACUCGUGGUGCUAAAAAGGUUCAUUAUGAACUCUAGAAAAAAUAGGAGCAGAUAUUUAGUUUUUUUUCUGCUACCUUCCUUCUUUCCUUAACCUCAUUGCCAUCCCCAUCUCCCAAGCCAUCCAGGUAUCGGCCUACAUGUAAACAUGGAAGGGGGUGGUCACCUAGAUGCAAGAUGAUGCAGAGGAGUCGGCUCUUCACAAGCCAAGUGCAUUUGCAAGGAGGACAGGGGCUGAUUGGAAACAACGGUGUGGGUUGAACCGAUGGGAAAACUUGUUGGAGCCCCUUCAAAAUGCUAGUUCUAUGGCUUGGGCAGUAACGUGUACCUUGUAAGUCGCUCAAUUAAUGGGGAGUAGCAAGCAUGUCUUUUCUCUUCUUUUUUUUCUUUUUUUUUUUUCCUUUACCUUUUCAGCGUUAUUCCACAUUAUUUGUAAUUUUGGAAUGUUUUUGCCCACAAAAAAUAUAUCUUAUUUUUUUUCUGUGCAACAUUUCAUCACUGUGUGCAAUAUCGUAUGUGCCAAUGGUGGCAGUAUAUGUAUAUCGAUUAAAUAUAUGAUUAUUAUUUGAAAGCAUGUGGCUGAAUUCCAUGUUUAUUUCUCUUUUAAGGAGUUGUAUGCCUUCAUUUGCACUCAAAAGCUCCACCUGGGAGGAACAGAAGCGUAGGUAAACCCAGGUUUUGGCAGCCUAACGGGCACAGCAGUUCACUUAAGUAUUCUAACUUGAAACCGAGCAGUCGCACGAUGCUAGCCAGUAUUACGCCUCCAGGAAAUGAAGAAACACCAUUCAUGGCUUUUUGAAAGCAGACUGAGAACCAGUACUUGCGUUUUGGUGAAAAGAAGAGAGAGAGAAAAAAACAAAAUGUUUUCCCCGAAGCAUACAGUGAAAUCUCCGUUUUUGCUUUAAUCUAAGAAACAGUGCUUUGGUCCAAUGCUCAUGAAGGUGUAUGGUGAACUGUCUUCAAUGGUUGUUGUGUGUAGCACUUUGCUUUCCCAGGCUAAUGAAACGCCUGACCAAUACUUGUUCAAAUGAUCUCAACAAAGAAUGUCAUUAUUCUGUCUUAUGUUGCCUCCUUUUCCAAAAGAGGAUAUUUGAUUUACUCAUUUGGUUAUGAUGCAUCAAAUAUAAUUUAUGUACAUUUUAAAACUUUUAAAAAUAAAUUUAAUUCACCCAUAUCUGGGGAGAAAUUGACCUUUA